AUGCUUCUUGAGCGUUGGACUGCCUCUCCUCCCCCAGACUUCCUUACCAAGUUUGAGGUCUGGAUCCGCAUCAGAAACAUCCCACACAACUACUACACGAUAGAGACUAUGGAGGAGCUCGCAAAGGACAUUGGAAAAGUUAGAGAGAUAGCUUAUGACCCCAAAGUCUCACAAAGAUCAGACUAUAUCCGAGCAAAAGUCCUCUUUGAUACCUCUAAACCUGCUAGAGAUGAGAAAGUUCUUAACAUCAAGGAUGCAGAUCCGGUUAUCAUCUCUUAUGAGUAUGAAAAAAUCAGAAAGAAGUGUUUCCACUGUUUCCAACUCACUCACGAGAAACCGCAAUGCCCUAUGCUCAAGAAAAACUACAAGAAACCGAUCCCAGCCAUCACAGACGUCUGUAACAGAGGGAAGAGUUCGAGACAAGGAGAAAAGCUUCCUCUCAUCUUGAAUGCUACAGAUGGACCCCCUGGAUUCCCCAUGAUGUUCCUGGAGCUCUCUACAAAAGAUCGGCAAAUGGCUCUCCUAUACAUAUCUCAUCCUAACGACGUUGAGAGAUCAGCUCGUAUCAGAAGAGUCGAAAUGGAAAUCGAGGAUAACAAGCUGAAGGAAGCUAAUGCCAUCCCAACCCUCACCCAUGAUCUCAACAAGGACUUAGGCCUCAUCUUUGGUUAUAAGGAAGGCAGUGACCACAUACAUAGUAUAAGCCUUGGAGGUGCUCAUCAAACUCUUUCGACUAGGCAUGCCUCAAGUGAAUCAUCAGACCAAAGCUAUGCUUUCUCUUUGGCUGAUGGUUGUCCUACGGGUUUCACAGUGGGUACAUCUAUUGUCCCUGUGUCCAGGACCUCUGGUCAGCUAAAGAAGCCUCGUAACAGACCUCCUCAUGGAAAAGAAGAGGCCGCGUUACUCAGAAGCUGCAUCCAAGCAAGGCUGCAGGAACGUUUGCUGACAACGAGGUACAUGGAACUUGCAAGGGUAAAGCAGAGUUAG